GACGAUGGCUCACGUGCCCACUUACGCUUUGGAUUAUUUAUGUUCCCAAGCCUUCCGAAGGGAUUUAAUUUGGAUUAUACUCGAGAAAGUUGUUUUUACAACGCCUGCCGUAUCCGAUUGUUUCAGCUGCACUAUAAUUGGUGCAUCUCUUCUCAAAUCGUCUCAGGAGGGCUGACCUCUACGGUAUCAUAUACCCGUCUCAAUUCAUGUCCGGCAGCGGGGACGGUUCAGGAAGCAUCUUCUCAGCGACUCAUCAUGGUGUUUCCAUAUAUAGCUCGGUCAUAGACCAUUUGUGGCGGUACGACACCGAACUUCUAGUAUUCGAGCACAUCCUGCUGACCUCGCUGGUCCGUCGAACUGGGCAUAUGCGCAUUCAUUCACACCAUCUCACCGGAAUGGGACUGCUAUCCUCCGGAAAGAACGCUAUGCUUGUACAGAUGCCGGUCACACCACGAAUACUGAAAUCCGUUUUUUUUCGCAUUUCUAGCUGCUUGCCAGCACCAAAAAAAAGACCUUGUCAGCGAGAAGUGUGGGGCUCGUACAAGCCAAUCUUACUGCGACCAAGUCAAAAAAAAGAGGUUCUCAAGCCACAGCACGGUUUGCCUUGCACGAUGCGUUUCUAUUAUCGUGUCUGCUCUCUGCGUUCAGUGAGCCGUGGGGAAAGGGGAACACGCUGCUGUCAACUGAACAGAGGUACAUGUUUCUGUGUACGAAAUCCUCACAGUUGGCAUAGGAUCCGAGUGCGCAAUAAGAUGGUCUGAUCUCAAAGUCCAUGCAGAUUGCACUCGCAGCCAUGCUAGGCAUUCACGUUCUCGCGAGUAGUGAAAACCGCGAAAGCGUUCGCUUCACA